AUGAACACCAACCUCAACACGACGAACCAGAAUGAGGUCUAUGAAUCCGGCGUGAAUUCGGUAGCCGAACAACACACUUCUAACGGCAAAAUCAUGGUACGCAGCCAAGAUGACCCGGCAUCUAAUAUAGAUGGCGAUCAAAGAAGGCUACGAAUCCUAAACUCCGUUGUCACAAUCUUUGAAAAUGAUGACCCAUCCACGUCUUCUGAUAGUUCAAGACUAAGUGAUCAACCGCCGAAAUCGCAGCAUGCAGAUAACCCAAACCAAGGCUUCCGAAAGGGAGCUGAUCUUCCAACUGUGCAAAGUGUGUCAGCUUUUGAGUCCACAGAGGAUGAUGACUGCGAGUUUGAGAUCGUGGGUCCAGAAGAGACGCAGCGUCUCUGGGGAAAUCUUCCUGAAACAGGAGGUGAUAGUAAUGUGUCAUCACAAGUUCAAACAUCUUUGCCUCUCAGUAAUGAAAGGCAAUCACUUAUCUUGAGUGACAAUAACAGCUCACAUUAUCAUACAAGCAAUGGCGACUUGGGACAAAGCUUCUAUGGUACAUGGGAUAGAACCGUUUUCGGCGAUCGGAUGGCAGGUUUGUCAGGAUGCAACCAAGAGAAAAUUAUAGGAAGUGGGCUAUUAGCCACAGAAACCUCGACUGGACUGGAGCAAUUGUGCAACCAAUAUGGGAUGCCUGACCUUACCGAUCAAAUUCCAGAGUCCACUAGGCCUUCACAGUUUCCGCAAAUUCAAACUCAAUGCACAGAUCAUCCACAUCCAAAAUGGAAUCAAAGCCAAAUUCCUCGAAAGCGCGCCCAAACCAGUGGCUUAAAGACUACGGCGGUACAAGCCGGUGUUAUGAAUAUUUCUGAGCGCCUAUCCGACCUGGAGGAUAAAUCUGAAAUGGAUGAGAUCAAUCGGGAUUCUCACAACCCAGCCAAGAGAAGUAAAGUGGCAAAAAGCAAGUACGUUUCUCAGCCGCGAGUCGAACAACGUUCGUAUUGUAUGUCUAGAGUAAGUGUGUCAUUAGAAGAGAUCAAGGCCAUAGAUCCUGACUAUGAUAAACAUCCCCAUAAAACAUUUCUUCCCGAAAGAAUGAAACGCUCGCAGCAGACUGGGAUGAAAACAAUCUUAUUGCCCACAAGAAUGAUUAAUCUACUUAAUGCGCACCGUCAGAAGGCUAGAGAAGAAGAAAGGAAGAACUAUACUGGUAGAAAAAUCCCUCAAGACUUCAAGCUUCGACCCGUCAGGCACAAGGAUUUUGAAGCCUUUCAAGCAGCACGAAGAAAGGAAGAGGAAACCGGAUCCUAUGAAAACAGGCAAAGAAGAUUUGCGAAUUCUAGAUCUUAA